UGCUCAACGCAUACGCCCCCAAUCGCAUCGUUCACAAUAAUGGAUGCGACCGUUGGAAACAACGGCGCUACAAACCAGCAUGACGGCAGUCCUAAUGGAGACUCAAAGCUAUCGCACCACUCUGCCGAAGAACCCUGGAGCGCAGAGGAAUCUAGCGCAGACGAAGCGACAAACAGGAGCCAGAGCGGUACAAAGCGCAAACGCCCGCUGUCCGUGAGCUGUGAGACCUGCAAGCAGAGGAAGGUGAAAUGCGAUAGAGGCGCGCCGGCGUGCGGAUGGUGCCUCAAAAACCACUCGCAAUGCGUAUAUCUACCAAGGAAGAAGCCAGGGCUUCGCGCAGGCUAUGGACGUGAAUUGGAGGCUCGUCUUGAUAAGCUCGAAUCGCUCAUCGUCCAGCAGCAAUCACAAAUUAACCAGCUCUCACACACUCAAAUCGCAACUUCCGGCCCUUCACCACAAGAAGUCGCUGCUUUCCGAAGCCCACCCAUCAUCCAAACCCCCCAUAUACCGCGCCCCGAGACUGCGCUCUUCAUACAGAAACCCACACCGAGCUUCCCUUCGCAAAAUGCUAUACAAAACCAAUUUGGCAAUGGCGUGACGGACAACAGACCGACUCCGUCAGUUACCGGGAGUGGCUAUGAGGACAUGCAGGGUGGGUUGGGUGGCUUCCAACGAGACGCUUAUACGCCGUUCAACCAUGAGCAGUUCCACCCUGCUAUGUCCAAGACUCUGGGCCAGUCGGAUGCAGACUUUCCUCCCUACGACCUUCUAUAUGGGCUUGUCGACCUAUUUUUCAAGCACAUCUACCCUUGGUGUCCAAUACUCCAUCGUCAGACAACAUUAAACUCUUUGUUCGGCGACGCGAGUUUAGACGAAGCAGAUCGAAUCAUUCUACACGCCGUCGUCGCUACAACUGUGAAAUUCUCAACGGACCAGCGACUAACGGCAGACAAAAGAGAACGGUAUCACCGCAACUCGAAAGAGAAGGUUCUGCUCUAUGGCAUUGAGAACAGUUCGGUGAAGUCUCUUCAGGCGCUCGUGAUUCUCGCCCUUGAUGUUGUUGGCUGUUCGAAUGGUCCACCUGGAUGGAACCUACUCGCGCUCAUCACCCGUAGCGUAGUGCAAUUGGGGUUGUCUGUCGAAACGUACUCUCCGGCCGUCGCCCCUCAGUACGCAUCAAUCUACACUUUGCGAGCCAUAGUGCUUCCCGAACCCAAGGACUGGAUCGAGGAAGAGAGCCGACGUAGGCUGUUCUGGAUGAUCUACGUACUCGAUCGUUACGCUACCGUGGCAACUGCCUUUGAGUUCGCUCUAGACGAGAACGAAAUCGACAGACGCCUUCCUUGCCGUGAUGAUAUGUAUGCGCGAAACUUGCCUGUAGAGACGAGAAAUAGACCGGAAAACUUGGGCUGGUUCUCUUACUACGUAGAAAUUCUGGGACUACUAACUCGCGUACAUAAGUUUCUAAAGAAACCCGUUGAUAUCACUUCCUUGUCCGACGUAGAAAAAUGGCAGGGCGAGUACCGCGAGCUCGAUAACGCGAUUGAGCAGUGGAAGUACAACCUCCCCCAAGAGUUUGGCAACUCGGCGAGAGUAUUCGCCAAACCUGGCAUGAAUCAAAGCCUCAAUAGCGGCUUAGUCAUGUUGCAUGCGGCAUUUCACACCACCGUAAUUCGUCUUCACUCAUCCGCGGCGUAUCCGACCCAUCGCUCACCCAUCUUCACACCCUCGUUCAGCGCCAGCCAGAGAUGUCUCAGCGCUGUUGAGAACCUCACAACACUAUGUGCAUGUGUUCGGGACCACGGCUUGCUAAGCAAACUGGGUCCGCCUUUCGCGUUCUCCCUCUGGGUUGCUGCGCGCGUGCUACUAGUACACGGAUCAACCAUUGAUCACCGAGUCGAUAGCUCAAUCAACCUACUCGUUAGCACCCUUCAAGAGUUUGGUCAGUACUGGGAAGUCGGCACACGCUAUGCAAGCCUGCUUUCACGCGUUUUGUCUGAGUAUCAAGAAAGCCAGCAAACACCUACUGGUGCGAAUGGCGAACGGGUGACACCUUCGACCGUCAAGAUCUUGGCCGAUAUGCGACGAUGUGCCUUUGAUCUAGACUUCCUUAUCUCCCGGCAACCGAAGCUGAAUAAUAGUGCAAGGCUGCCGUCCGUCACUCCGGCUCGCACACCAGCGCCAAAUGAGUUGGAGUAUCUCGAUGUCUUCGACUUUUUCAACAUGCCUCGACUGCCGGUGUCUAUGGACGGCACUAUCAGCUAUCCAGCUUCAGAUAGCAACAUGCAGUUGCCCGAAGGAGGGUAUGGAAAUGAGUCGAAUAUUACGAAUUACAUGGUUGACGCCAGCUCGGAUUGGUUCAUGAAGCAGUCAGCUUAGCAACCAUUAUCGAUUACGCAUAAUUUCCUUGAUUAGUUGGGACAGCAAAAUUUGGCCUUCGUCUCUGUUGGUGUAUAAUGAUCAGGAUGAAUUGGUUCGUCCGCAGCUCAGGUUGCCGUAUAUAUCCCACUCUCUUACAGAUACCCCUCUGAUUUUACACCAUUAAUGUUAAAAAUAAAUCUUCAUCAUCAUAUGCUUAGGGUUCUGUAGAGUCACAGAUAAUAAAUUAUUGUUACG